AUGACACUUAAAAUUAACGAUAAAUUCCCUACUGACCAUACAAUCAAAUACAUUCCGUAUUCUAAAGCCAAUGACUCACCAGUUGCUUGUGGGAAUCCAGCUCAAUAUGACUUAGCAAAGGAAUUGCCUGGUAAGAAAGUUAUUAUAACUGCUGCUCCCGGUGCAUUCACUCCUACAUGUACCGAGCAACACAUUCCAGCUUACUUGAAGCAUUUAAAGGACUUCAAAAGCAAAGGUAUUGAUAAAAUUAUCGUAUUAACUGCUAAUGACCCAUUCGUUCUUAGUGCAUGGGAAAAGGCAUUGGGCUAUAAAGACGAAGAGAACUAUGUGAUUUUUGGCACAGAUCCCUUGGGUCAAAUUUCGAAGGAAAUUGGUGACGACUACGUUGUGGAUAUGAGCAAGGCAGGCUUUGGGCUUAGAACAUCAAGAUAUGUAUCUGUCGUGGAUAAUGGUAAGAUCAUCUAUUUAGCAAAUGAAGAUGACGCUGGCAGCUUUAAGGCUUCUGAUCCAAACAUUGUCUUGGCUGCUCUUAAAUAA